GCAAACUCGCGCCAUCGCAGUCGAAGAAGAGCAAGAAGAAGAACAUUCGGAAGCACCGUUUCCGACACCAGUGAGAGAAGAGUCUUUUCAACUGUGUAACCGCGCUGCUGUCCUUUAGAGAGCCAACAACAAGGAGCAUGUGCUGGGGCAGCACAAAGACCACGCUGCUUCUAGUAUCCCUCGUGUGCAUCUGCAUGAACGGGUUCAACCUUACAUCAAGGUUUCUGAAGCUCCAGGAUAAGCUGCGCGAGCAUGAAAUAGCCGCAUACAUACCGGACGUCACCGACAUUUCAAGCUGGGUAAACGGCCGCAAAACUUCCGACGAGAUCACCAUGGGGUUGGCAAGUGUCAGCCUAAUCUUCGACGCCGUCCUACUGACUGGCGCAGCAAGGGAGAACGGCUUGACGAUCCAAAUUGCAGGCCUUUGGGGUUCCAUCGACUGUGUCAUCGACGGUGUGAUUGGUUUCCUCUCGGCGAACUACACCUUGCCUGUCUUCAGGACCGAAGAAAGAACCGUGAAGUCUGCAGUCAAGAGCGUUAGAAGACAACACCGAGCGCUGGGCUGGUCGAUGCACCAGAUUUUAAAGACUGAGAAGAAGGAAACUAGAGUUGAACUUCGGGAACCACCUCCUACAACAGUUAAACAACUGCUCCACUUUGCUUGGGUUAUCCUCAGGCUCAUAAUCAAGAGCCAGAUUCUGUGCAGCCUGUUUGGAUACGUUCAACACCUAAGCAGGCGGGACGAAAUUGUGAUUGUGGGCGAAUGAUGCCCGCUCGGGGAAGCUUCAUCAGCAGGGCCAGCACGAGUCCGUAUUAAUCAACUCGCUGUGAAACAUUUUCCCAAAGAAGCACAAGAAGGUGUUGCAGCGAAGAAGAUAUACUCAUGCGUAUUACCUUGAUUCACCGAGGCCCUUACUCGUUUUUGUCACGGUUUCCGCGUUUGUAUAAGGGAAUUAAGGCUCUAUUUAUGUAUGUCUCAAUUAAACUGAGGGCCUAACUCCCGUAACAAACA